UUGCACUAGUCCUGGAUGGCUAUAAAAUAUGAAUUAGGAGUAAUAGUUAAACAUUGUUUCGUUUGUCGAGACUCUGAAAACCUGAAGAUGAAGACUCUGAUGACCAUUGCUUUGAUCCUCACUUUUAGUGUGGUUGUACUUUGUGACAUGCCUUUACCACCCUUUUGUGAGUUAACAGAUGACCAGCUAGAGAAGUUUUUUGCGUGUGAAAAAGAGAAUGCCCCUGCCUGGUUUUUAAAAGAAUAUGAUGACUGCAAAGAUAAACAUAUGCCUGGCACUACCGACGUGGAAGCUUUGAAGAAAAUAUGCGAUGGAGAAGAAACAGCAAUGAAGAUUGCCAUAUGCCUCAAGCCUGCAAUUGAUUUAAUAGAAGAUGAGCUGAAGGAAAUUGAAAUAAAGUGUCUGCGUGAAGCGGAGGCUUAGAUGACAGUGCUGUGUUUACUCUAUCAAGAUAAAAGUUUCUUUUUGAAUAUUUUUUGUUCAAUAAACUCAUGAACUUUAAAUAAUAAAUUAAAAAUACACAAAUUA